AUGCAGAACCAGCGGGGCCGUGGCCGCGUGGGCCGCGAUGGCGGCCAAGUUGGCCGCAGCGAUGGGAGAGGUCGCGGCGGCGGGGCCGGUGAUGGCGGAGGCGGCAGGACCGACGAGGAGGAGAAGAGCCGCGGCGGAGGCGACAGGAUCGACGAGGGAGAGAAUAGCCGCGGCGGAGGCGACAGGACCUACGGGGGCGACAAGAGCCGCGGCGGAGGGCGCAUGGCCUACGACAGAGAGCAGAGUCGCGGCGGAGGCGCCAGGACGUACGAGGGAGACCCGAGCCGCGUGGAGAUGUCCAGCGGCGAAGGGAGUGGUCCAGGCGACGGGGAGGAUGGGUGGAUUUCGCCGGGAAGGAAGAAACGCGGAGGCGGCAACAAUCGCGGCCGCGAAGACCAGAACCACGCCGGAGGCAGCAGCAACCGCAGCGGAGGCGGCUGGACUUGCCAGGAAGCCCAGAGCCCCGGCAGAGGCGGCUGGAGUGGCCGAGGGGCCUACUCCCCUGACGGAGGCGGCUUCUUCGACCGAAGCAGAGGGCCGGGAGGGCGCGGUUCAGACCGUGAGCACCACUACCAGCAGCGUCGCUUCUCCUUCCCCCCGGAGUACGCCCCUGCAUGGCCGCACAAGGGGAUCGCGCCCAGGGAAGCAGCGAGCUCAUCUUCGUCAGGGCCUCGUCCUCGUCAUGGCCAAGCCAUUGUUUCCAAGGAAGUGUUACCAGUCAAACUUUUGGUGAACCACUUCAAAGUUGAGUUCAAAGCUUCGACUAUCUUUCGCUAUGAUAUUAAGAUCGAAAAAGAUUCUUCCAGUUCUUCCGGAAUAGGGCUCAAAACAAAUGAGGAUUUUGCAAAAGCUAAUUUUUUCAAGAUGCUCCAGAAGCCUCCAAAUCCAGCUGUUGCUUAUGAUGGGAAGGGAGGAUUGUUCAGCUUUGCAGAAUUGCCAGAAUGCUCAUACCCUGUGAAAAGUCAUUCACAUACCUACACUAUGUCAGCAGAGCUCAAUCAGAAGCUGUCUUUGAGCCAACUCUCUCAGCAGCCAGUUCCUAGAGAGAUCUUGCAGGGUCUUGAUAUCAUUGUGCGUGAGGCAUCUAGCUUGGACAAGAUUAUUGUUGGUCAGACAUUUUACUCCCGGAUGGAGACUGAGAUCAGCAGGCCUGGGGACUUCACUGUACGUCUGAAAGGAAGCAAGCAGACCCUAAAACCCACCGCCCAAGGGGUGGUCUUAUGUGUGGACUAUUCACUUAUGGAAUUUUGCCAAGCUCAAAGAAGUGUUCUGGAACUUGUUGAGCACUUGCUGAAACGCUUUAACAGCCCAAAGUUGCUUGAUCCCCGUACAUAUCUAAGCGAGCAAGAGUGUAAAUACUUGGAGUUUCAGCUCAAAGGCCUCUGUAUUACCGUGAACUACCAGAUGCAGGGCUCUCAAGGAAAAAGCAAUUGGACGACAAGGCGAAAGUACAAGGUCCAAGGUCUGACAGCUGUGCCUGCCGAACAGAUCUCCAUUGUGAACUUCGAUUCAGGGGAUGCUGAGAAGCUUGUGGACUAUUAUCAUAGGCAGUAUGGAAAGGUGAUUAAAUAUAAGAUGCUACCAUGCUUGAAUUUGAGCAGACCUGACAGAUUAAUUUAUGUCCCGAUGGAGCUUUGUACUCUUCAUGGAGGACAGAAGUAUCCCAAGGAUAAGGGUUCCACCCAGAAACCGAAGGACAAGCUACCCAACUCAGAUGCACGGAAAACGGAGAUUCUGAAAAUGGUAUCAGCUUCAGAUGGCCCUUGCAGAGGAAACAGAGGCGGAAAAUUUGAUAUUGUAUUGGGCCAACAAAUGACUGAAGUCACUGGCAAGAUCCUUCCUCCCCCCAUGCUGAAACUCGGUGGCUCCUCCAAACUCAGAAUUGCCCUCCUUAACCGCCAGUGGAGCCUUCAUGGUCAACAAAUGUUUGAAAGCAAGCACCUCAAGCAUUGGGCCAUUCUCGAUUUCAGUUCACAGCCAUCUCACUUUAAGCAGGAAGCUCUUGACAUGGAUUACUUCAUUGACUGCAUCUUCAGAAAGUGCACUAGUCUUGGGAUUGAGAUGAACUAUGAUCCAUGCUUUGUUCAGACAUCAUCAAUGUCAGUGCUAGCAAAUCCAGAAGAGCUACGUAAGCUUCUUAACAAGGUGACUAAAGAUGUGACUGCGAAGCUGAAGGAGCAGAAGCUGCAGCUCCUCUUCUGCCCGAUGUCUGAGCAGCAUCCUGGGUACAAGACACUGAAGCUGGUAUGCGAGACUCAAUUGGGGAUCCAAACCCAGUGUUUCCUGAGCAACAUCGCGAACAAACCCCAGGGCCAGGACCAGUACAUGUCCAACCUUGCUCUCAAGAUCAACAGCAAGCUUGGGGGCAGCAACGUCCAGCUAUCUGACAAUCUCCCAAAAGUGGCUGACACGCAUUUCAUGUUCAUCGGCGCGGACGUGAACCAUCCGCCGCCCGGAGACAAGGAGAGUCCGUCGAUAGCAGCAGUUGUUGCGUCAAUGGAUCGCGGCGCCAGCAAGUACGUGGCCAGAAUCCGUGCCCAGGGUCACGGCUGCGAGAUGAUCGAGGAGCUCGGUGAUAUGUGCCAGGAGCUCAUUGAAGUGUAUGAGAAGAGGAACGGCUCGAAGCCACAGAAGAUCAUAUACUUCCGUGACGGUGUGAGCGAUGAGCAGUUCAAGAAAGUUCGGGAGGAUGAAGUGAAGCCCAUGAGGAGGAAGAUCAGUGUGGAGGACGUGUACUCGCCGACGAUCACAGUGCUGGUGGCCAAGAAGCGGCACCACACGCGGCUGUUCCCCAAGGACAAAAACGAGCAGCAGACGAAAAACGGCAACGUGCUCCCUGGCACGGUCGCGGACGCCCAGGUGGUGGACGACUCGCCGGAGGAAGACUUCUUCCUCUGCAGCCACGAAGGGCUGCACGGGACGAGCCGUCCGACGCACUACUACAGGCUGGACGACGAGCACGGCUUCGAGACCGUCGAGCUGCAGAAGCUGGUGUACAACCUCUGCUUCCUGUUCUCGCGCUGCACCAAGCCGGUGUCGCUGACGACGCCCGUCAAGUACGCUGACCUCGCGGCCUACCGUGGCAGGGACUACUACGACAGCAUGAUGGCGUCACCGUCGCUUGUCCAGGAGCCCGGCCCGUCCUCCUCGGCCUCCAAUGGAAAUUCCAAAUACCCGAAGCUGGACCUGCACGAGAAUCUCAAGGACAGCAUGUUCUUCAUCUGA